AGGAGUAUAACCAAACUGGCCUGCACACAAGUACUGUGGGAGGGUGUCAAUGUGGAGGUUGAUGAGCAAUUUUCUAGGAAGCUUCCUAAAAGUUUACUCUGCUUGUGCCUUUUCCGUAGGAAGCGACAUCUGUCAAUCGCACAUACCUAUAUGAGUGUGGCUGCGAGCUCAACUGGUUGCUAUCAAAUUCCUGCCAUGUCCCUACCUCCCUUCGACCAUGAUGCCCACACCAAGUACACGGAACCACCAAAUGCUUCGUGGACGCUCGGCCAGAAGAUCGAGAACACCGAAUCUGGGAGGAAAUGGUUGGAAGGGGAAGAACAAGGAUGGCAAAUAAUCAAUACUGCAGAAGAUACCCCGCAAUUAUACCCACUUAUGACCAGUGCGAUAGUACCUAGGCCCGUAGCGUUCGUCUCUUCCGUCUCCGAGACUGGGGUGGAGAACCUCGCGCCUUUCAGUUAUUUCAACACGGUAACACGCAACCCGCCGAUCGUUUCCUUCUCAUGCAGGAACGCCCCACGCGUCAAAGACACUGCUACGAACGCGAAGAAUGGCCUCGGUUUUACCGUCAAUAUCAUCAGCGAGCCAUUCGUCGAGAACGCGAACGUAACGGCCAUAGACGCUCCGCCUGAUUUCGACGAGUGGAUUAUCAGCGGGUUGACAAAGACCCCGAGCAUUCACGUGAAGGCCCCGCGUGUCAAGGAGAGUGCGUUCAGUAUGGAAUGCGACCUCUUCCAAGCGAUCGAUAUCGCUCAUCCUGUCAGUGGAGAGAUCACUGCGACACUAAUUCUCGCACAUGUGAAGUAUAUCCACGUUCGCAAGGACGUACUGAACGAGCGCGGGGUUGUCGAUAUCACCCAGUAUAAACCAAUCGCACGGUUAGGGGAUAUCUCGUACGGGAGAGUCGGUGACGUCUUUAGAUUGCCUAGGCCUGUGUGGGAACAGGAGAGGGAGAAGAUCGAGCAGGCUUCAGAGAACAGUCAGUUGUCGUAAGGGACGGGGAGGUCUAUUGAGUUUUGUGACCAACUAAAUACCACGAGAGAGGGUUACAAGCAACGAUAUAGUGUAAUGGGUAGUAAGGGUCUGUGUGGAGAUUCCGAGGUGAGGGUUA